GUGGCUGCGUGGGUCGGCGCCGCCGUCGCGUUCGGGCUGGGCGUCGGCGCCGUCAUGGGCGCGGAGAAGGCGGAGGAGUUCUUCGCGGGGUACCUUCUGGAGCAGUCCCUGAGCGUCGACAACCUCUUCGUCUUCGUCCUGGUGUUUGAUUACUUCAAAGUUCCGCUGGCGUCGCAGCCGAGGGUGCUCAACUACGGCAUCUGGGGCGCCAUGGUGAUGCGCGCGGCGAUGAUCAUCGCCGGGUACGAGGCGGUGACCAACUUCAAGCCCAUCUUACUCGUGUUCGCCGGGGUGCUCAUCUUCAGCUCGUACAAGCUCAUCGCCGAAGGGGAGGAGGAGGAGGAGGAGGACAUGUCCGAGAACGCAAUCGUCAAGUUUUGCUCCAACUUACUCCCGGUGAGCAAAGAUUACGACGGGGAAAACUUCUUCACGACGGAGAACGGCGCGAAGAUCGCGACGCCCCUGCUGCUGUGCCUGUGCGUCAUCGAACUCUCCGACGUGGUGUUCGCGGUGGACUCCAUCCCCGCCGUCUUCGGCAUCACGGAGGACCCGUUCAUCGUCUACUCGUCGAACAUCUUCGCCAUCAUGGGACUCCGAAGCCUCUUCGCCUUUGUCGCCACGAUGGUCGCGGAGCUGGAGUACCUGCAGACGGCGGUCGCGGCGGUCCUGGGUUUCGUCGGGUGUAAGAUGGUCGUGGAGUUUGGCGGCGUGGAGAUUCCCACGGAGGCGUCCCUGGCGGUGGUCGUCGGCAUGCUCGGCGCCGGAGUCGCGCUCUCCCUCGCCAAGAAG